GCUGCGAGCAAAGAGGCUUAUCGAUCCGAAGAAGGCGAAGCUCCAGAGGUCUUGAAGCACCGGAAGUUCACGGCCGAGAUGCUGUCGAAUCCCCUGUGGUUUCCAUGGGAAUCCCUCAUAGGGAUUCCACACUCCGACGUGACCGCUGUCCUCGCUCUGCAGGCCUCAGCCUUCUUGAUAAGAGAUGGCCUCUGCUGGCUGGCUGCCGUGCUCUUACUGCAAAACGGCGAGCUACUGGCCACCACUGUCUUUGUGCACAAUUCCUUCAAACCGAUCCAGUUCCGAAGCAUGGAGACUUCGGCCAGUUUGCGAGCAAAGUCCUGGGAGGAACUCCGACGUUUGGAGCCCGGAUUUGUGGAAGCCAUGGCGCGGCGGGCGUCUUCGCACUGGGGGAGAACGGAGGAAGCCGAGGCGGCGAAGCCGAAGCCCAUCAUCGGAGCAAGGCGGAUUGCCGGCCGUCAGAUUCCCGGCGGCUGGACAUCUGCUAGCUUCCUGCAGGCCUGGAGGGCCGAGAUGGGGGAGAAGGAGUCCUUUAAUCCCGAAGACGUGCAGGGACUCCAGGCCUGGCCUGCGAUGCCCUUCGCCUCCCCUCUCCGGCCAGCACCGCGGGACUUGCUCAAGGCCUGUGACGAAGCGGCGGAGCACUUAGCAAAGUGGUACGAGUGUGUCCGCGAGGUCCACCAAGUGUGUGGGGAUCCAGAUCGCCCCUGGACCUUCGGCAAAGGCAUGGGCAAGGGCAAGGGCACCCCAUCGUGUCAGCAGUCGUUUGGCGACGCUUUGAUGGAACUCCGCAGCCGACUCUGUCACUACCCGGAGUUUCAGAGCGUCUUGGCGAGUCUGGAAGAUUUCGCGUCGCCAGGCAAUACAUCCUACGAUCUUGUGUUCUUGGGCUAUGCCGCAGUGCAGGACUACGUGGUGGACUCAGUCUUCGGGCCAAGCCACGAGAUCAUGUACGACGCCUGGGUUGCCGAGCGAGCCAAACAAGCCGACACCACCGGGGCUGAUGCAGCGAGCAAAGUCGAGCCUAACCUGACCUCACAAAGCACAAGACAUGUCUCCAUGAGGGCUGUUUGA